AUGUGCCAGAGAAAAUAUGCUUUGGACUUAUUGCAAGACUCUGGUCAACUAGCUUCUAAGCCUUGUAACACUCCUAUGGAUCCUAGUGUAACCAUUAGUAAGGAAUCAGGUACACAAUUAGCUGACCCUUCAUCUUAUAGAAGAUUAAUUGGUCGGCUACUCUACCUCACGAAUACUAAACCUGACAUAUGCUAUGCAGUAACUAGACUUAGCCAAUACAUGGAUACUCCUACAAUUGUUCACCAACAAGCUGCCUAUCGCAUCCUUAGGUACAUCAAAACAGCCCCUGGUCUUGGCCUUUUCUUCCCUAAAGAGUCUGACCUCAACUUAAAAGGAUUCACUGAUUCAGAUUGGGGGGCAUGCCAUGACACACGUAGGUCCACUUCUGGUUUUUGUUUCUUCCUUGGGAGCUCUCUUAUAUCUUGGAAAAGCAAGAAACAAACAGUAGUGUCCCGCUCAUCUGCAGAAGCAAAGUAUCGAGCUCUUGCUCAAGGCACUUGUGAAGCACAAUGGCUAUUGUAUCUUCUUCAUGAUCUUUGCAUCGAUCAUCCUAAAGUUGUGGUUAUAUAUUGUGACAAUCAAUCAGCAUUUCACAUUGCUAAUAAUCCUGUUUUUCAUGAGCGUACAAAGCAUAUAGAAAUGGAUUGUCACCUAGUCCGAGACAAAGUCCAAUCUGGAACCUUGCAUCUCCUUCCUAUAUCCACACAGGACCAAAUUGCAGAUAUUCUCACCAAACCCCUUCAUCUUGGCCCUUUCCAGACACUACAUCACAAGCUUGGAAUGCUCAACAUACAUUCUAGCUUGAGGGGGGCUGUUAGCUGA